CCCUCCGCUCCUUCCUCCACCUCAGCGGCCCUGUGUGGUUCAGACAGGAACAAUAUGGCGCCGGGAGGAGCGUUAGCAUCGGGACCAGUCGUUGUCUGAGAGACUGGUGAUCCGGCAGGAUGAACCUCUGUGCCCAGUACCUCCGACAGGCAGAGGCCCUGAAAGCUGACAUGACAGAUUCAAAGCUGGGGGCAGCAGAGGUGUGGACGUCCCGGCAGGCCCUGCAGGACCUUUACCAGAAGAUGCUGGUGACAGACCUGGAGUAUGCUCUGGACAAGAAGGUGGAGCAGGACCUGUGGAAUCAUGCUUUCAAGAACCAGAUCACCACGCUUCAGAGCCAGGCCAAGAACCGAGCCAACCCCAACCGCAGCGAGGUCCAGGCCAACCUGUCGCUGUUUCUGGAGGCUGCUAGUGGCUUCUACACACAGUUACUGCAGGAGCUGUGCACCGUGUUCAACGUGGACCUGCCCUGCCGCGUGAAGUCGUCUCAGCUCGGCAUCAUCAGCAAUAAGCAGAGCAACACCAGCGCCAUCGUCACCCCUCAGCCCAGCUCCUGCUCCUACAUCUGCCAGCACUGCCUCGUCCAUCUCGGCGACAUCGCUCGAUAUCGUAACCAGACCAGCCAGGCCGAGUCCUACUACCGGCACGCAGCUCAGCUGGUUCCAUCUAACGGUCAGCCCUACAACCAGCUGGCCAUCCUGGCCUCCUCUAAAGGAGACCACCUCACCACCAUCUUCUAUUACUGCCGCAGCAUUGCAGUCAAGUUCCCUUUCCCAGCAGCCUCCACCAACCUGCAGAAGGCUCUGUCCAAGGCUCUGGAGAGUCGCGAUGAAGUGAAAACCAAGUGGAGCGUGUCCGAUUUCAUCAAGGCCUUCAUCAAGUUUCAUGGUCACGUCUACUUGAGUAAGAGUCUGGACAAGCUGGACGGCCUGAGAGAGAAACUGGAGGAGCAGUUUCAGAGGCUGAUCCUGCAGAAAGCCUUCAGCUCUCAGCAGCUCGUCCACAUCACCGUCAUUAACCUGUUUGAGCUGCACCACCUCAGAGACCUGACGGCUGACGGCAGCGAGCAGAGCUACAGCAGCGAGCAGCAGAUCAGCUGGUUCCAGCUCCUCGGCCUUUUCAUGUCCUUCCUGGGCGUCAUGUGCAGCCGCGUUCUGCUCAACAAAAACCGCGGGGAGGAGAUCAUGGGCGAGUGUCCGCUGCCGGCCAUCAAGGUGUCGCUGGACUGGCUCAAACUGAGGCCCAGCGUUUUCCACGAGGCCGCUGUUGUUAAACGGCAGUACGUUUGGCCCUGGCUCGUGUCCAUUCUCAACAGUUUCCAGCCCAAAGAGGACGACCUGUCCUGCUCCUCAGUCACACCCUUGCCUGAGGAGUUUGAGCUGCAGGGUUUCUUGGCUCUCCGUCCUGCUCUGAGGUGUCUGGACUUCACCAAAGGACAUCAGGGCAUCCUGGUGGACCGGGACGGCCUGCCGGUGCAUGCCCGACACCAGAGACUCAUCGGCCUGGGCAAAUGGGUGGCCGACAGCCAGCCGGGACUGAUCCAGUGCAGAGUGAGCGAGGACGGCCUCCUCGUCUUCAUGACUGACAUUCCAGAGCAGGCCAUUGAGGAGCCGCAGGAGAAGGAGGUACCCGUGCUGCAGGAGUCGUUAAAUGGCGAGCAGACGGCCAACGACGGCGGCAAUUCUGGCCUGAAGUCCGUGCUUUCGGUGGGGAAGACUCAGAGCUCGUGGCCCGACAGCAGCGACCGUCCAGUCGUCACUUUCAAAGAGAACAUCAAACCCAGAGAGCAGAGCCGCGACCCCACAAGAAACCACCAUCAGAAAGACGGUGGCAAGGAGCGCCGAGACUUCUCCAAAGGCAACGGGGCCGCUGGGAAAGGAGAGCUGAAGAGGGACGGUAAGAGGAAGAGCGAGCUGAAGAAGAGCGUCCAUGAGAAAACGGCCGAUGCUGGAAAACAGGUGAAGGCACAGACAGAGCUGAGGAAGACUCCGGUGUCUGAGGCUAAGAAGACUCCUGUCACUCAGACUCAAACCACCUGCUCCUCCCAGUUCAUCCCCAUCCAUCAUCCAGGAGCCUUCCCGCCUCUGCCCAGCAGACCCGGUUUCCCUCCCUCAGCCUAUGUGAUCCCUUCUCCCGUGGCUUUCCCUGGACUCCAGGUGAAUCCGGGCUUCACCUUCUCCACCGGUGUGUCCGUCCCAGGUCCUUUCCUCCAGCAGCCUGUCCACACCCAGGCGGGCACCCAGGUCCAAGCUGGGAAGCAGUCUCACAUUCCCUACAGUCAGCAGAGGCCCUCGGGGCCGGGUCCCGGUCAGGGGCCGGGAUCCUCGGGACACGGCCCUUCCCAGGCUCAGCAGGGCCAGACUCAGACUCCCUCCCAGCAGGCCUUGCAGCAGUCAGUCCAGCUGACGAUGAGUCAGCAGCAGUCACCCACCAAACCGGUCCAGCAGGUUGGGAUGGGAAAGAGUCCACCUCACCACCCGGGACUGCAGCAGUACAUGCAGGUCCAGGAGCAGUCGACUCACAUGUGGAACCAGGCCCAGGCGGCCCUGCAGAAGGUGUCUCCCAUGCAGAUGCCCAUCAAGCAGCCUCAACAGCAGAAGCAGCAGCAGCAGGCCUUCUACAUGGCGGCUCAGGAUCCUCUGAAGAUGUACGAGCACCAGCUGCAUUCGUCGGCUCAGGUCUCCAGCAUGGACAAGAAGAUGAAGUACCCUGACGUGAAGUUACAGGACUUCUACUGGGACUCGCCUUACAGGAUCGGGGACAGCCUGGCUGUGCUGGCCGACAGGAUGAAGAGGCCAUCGCCGGGGGGUAUCUGCUCAGAGCAGGAUGGCCCCGCGGGGCCCCGGGGACCCCCGUUUGAGCUGCCAAACCAGACCCGAGUGGACAGCGGCCCCGAGGUCAUCAGCCAGUCGUCCUCUCUGCUGCCCAUCCCCGGCUUCCCCAUGCAGGAGUACAACCAGAACAGCAUCUUCAGUCAGGCCUACGGUAAAAACCUGCCACCCAGCUCCAAGCCCGACGCUCCCAUGGUGCACCAGGAGACGUCCCUUUACACGCUGUUUGAAGGCACCCCGUGGUCCCCCUCCCUCCCCGCCAGCUCAGAUCACUCCACGCCGGCCAGCCAGUCUCCUCACUCGUCCAAUCCUAGCAGCCUGCCGUCUUCCCCUCCAACCCACAACCACGGAGCCAUGCCUUUCUCCAACUUUGGGCCCAUCGGGACUCCGGACAACCGGGACCGCAGGGGAAUGGACUGCUGGAAGGCCAACAAGAGUGGAGCAGUCGGCGGAUUCGGUCUGGACUACCUGCCAACCGCGGCCUCCUCUGCAGCAUCAGACAGCAGCUGGCAUCAGGCUGGAUCGACGGGCAGCUCCUGGACCAAUCAGGACUCUCCGAUGGAGGAGUCGUCCUCCACUGUGCUGCUUGACAGCCUCAAGUCAAUCUGGUCGAGCUCCAUGAUGCAGCCGGGCCCGUCGGCACUGGAGCAGCUCCUCCUGCAGCAGAAGCAGAAGCAGCAGCGAGGUCACGGCGCCAUGAACCCGCCUCACUGAACGGCAGCGCGAGGCGGCGCUUUGUGUCCGGACGUCAACAAUCCACCACCAGGAGAAACGGAGGGGAAAAAAACCACAGAAGUUUGACGAAAACAAGCUCCAACUCAAAUUAAACCGGCGAGAAACGGUGGAGGCUGGGGAGGCGACACGACCCCCCGACGAGGCUGAAUCACCACCCCCACCCCCCUCGGCUGUCGAGGAGCGGUGACGCCCCUCCUGGAUCGGAGGGCGCGGGAUCUCUUCGACCGCGGUGCCACGCACCACGCCACCGCCGGGUUUCAUUCAACCGGUGGAAAUCUGAACAUUGAGGAACCACCCCCCUUUCACAUCACUGCCCCCCCCAGUUUUGGACAGACGCCACAUCUCCACGAACUCGUCAUCUGGAAGAACUUCUUCUUCUUUCUUUGCAAAAAGAUUAAAAAAAUUAAAACGGAAAAAAGAACGACCUCCUGGACGUCUGCUCGGUCCCGAUGGAGAGCCGGUUUUUAGAGUCUCCGCCGCCGCUGUAGACUGAAGCGGGGCCGUUCGAGAGCCAGAAUGGUGUGGUUGUCGGGUUUGGGGGGAGGCCAGGUGACACACGGGGGUCAAACAAGACUGGACUUUCUGAUCUCCAUUCAUUUUCAUUACUGGAGGAGGGAGGAAGGAAGGAAGGAAAGUUUGGUUUCAGCUAUAUAAAUAUAUACAUGAAUAUAUAUUGCCAUAGUUGGACUUGUCUUAGCCGUGAGAAUCAGGACUGGACGUUGUGAAGCCGGGUGUAACGCCUCCCGGGCUGAGCGCUCGCUUGUGUCGGUGCCCGACGACCGGGUGGCUUCACCAUGAACAUCGCAGGAAAGACGGAGGAAAGAUCAUAAACACCCUGUCGACCGUAGGGAUAGUGUCACUGUUAGCUUCAAGAGAUUGCAGUUAUUAACAAAAAACACAAAAAAAUAGAAACUGUACUUUGUGAUUUGUUCGUAGCCGUUUUAGCUUUGCGCCCUCCGAGGUGAUACAGGUAUGUCUAUUAGCUUCCUGCUUGGAUAUUUUCGGGGUUCUCUUCCUCUCUGACCUCUUCUUCCUGUUAUUUCUUUACGUAAUGAAGAAAAAAUGGAAAUAUGUAACCCUGCUUGCUUAACUGCAUUUACUGUUUGUUUUUGUUGCUCUUCUUCACUGGUUUUAAGCAGCUCGCCCAGAAUGUUUUCUAUUAUCCUUUCUUGGAAAAGCCAAUUGCAGCUUGAUGCUGUACAGCAAAUUUGUUUUUUUUAUUAUUAUUAUUAUGGAACGGGGCAUCUGGAGACCCUGUAGCUCUGCUUUUAUUGAACCUGUGAGUGAAGCCCCGCCCCCUUCAGUGUAAAGCCACCCUAACCAGACUCAAAAGCUACCAAGUAAUAACGGGAAAAAUCUGCUAAAAAAGUGUAUUUGAUUACUGGUUAAUCUGCGGGUUCCUGUAGGCCAAAAAAUAUUUCACAGUUUUGCUGUAAAAUACAGAAAUAUUUAGUUUAAUGACAUAAAAAUAAAAAAAAUGCAGAAGGUGGUCUGGAGUUAAGGACACGCUGAGUAACUCGCUCAUUACAGGCAGAGUAAAAUAUGAAGCAAUUAAGAAAUUAAUUAUUUUAAUGAAGAAUCUAUUUUCUUUAUUUAAUCAGUGAAUCAUUUGUGAAAACUAAAAAUUCCUUCAGUGUUUCGUUUCCCGCUGCUUCUAACCAAUCCUGUAAGAGCUGCUCAGUUUCCUGUGACUGACAGAAAAAAGGCGGCGCUCUCAUCGGUCCUUCGCUGUUGCUGCUCUCCUUUCAUUCUUUAAGGGUCUAAAGAUUCAUUUGAUUUUUCUUCUAACGAACCUGCAACAUGCAACGUUGUUCAGAAAAAAUGUAAAACGUCUAACUUGCUGAUGAACGGACUUCUUGUUGCUUUCGCUUCAUUUGAAAGAAGGUUCACCUGCAGCCCAGUUUGAUCUCACGCCAGUAAAACCAGAGCAUAUAUUUAAAACAAAUUUUUUUGCUUCAGUGAAAAGAAGUAGUGAAACCUUGCGAAAACAAAUCU